UGAUGCACAUUGUACUGUUGUUUUCACUCUCUCGUUAUUUACAGCUAACCAUUGUCGGUGGAAAUUGGAAUUGGGGAACACUUUUUCCUUUUCAGUUGUGGAAUUAAAUACAGUUAUAAUUGUGCUCACUCUUCUUUGUUUUUUUCACUUGUUAUAUCCAAAAGUUUCAAGCUUGGCCUUGUGUUUUAAUGAAUUAUCAUUCCAAGCUUGGCCUUCUCUGUGAAUUCUUAUGAAGCUUCAGUUUAUAAGCAAUUAUGGACCAGAAAACUUGGCUAUGGAGGAAAAAAUCAUCAGAGAAGCUAAUUGUUGCAAAUGAUGAUGAAGUACAAUCAAUUCCCAACCAAAAGGAAUUAGAUUUUGAGAAUUCAUUGAAAAGCCUAAACCAAAAGCUAGCUUCAGUUCUUGAUGAGUGUUCAGCCAAAGACAAAAUCAUUCAAGAACACGAAAAACUGUCCGAAAAUGCUACGGCAGACAAGCUCAAAGCACAACUCGAGCUAGACGAAGCUCGAAAGCAAAACACGGCUUUAAACGAGCAAAUUUGCCACUUGAACUCGGCCCUCAAGGACUCCAUGGACCAGCUAAAUCGAGCCCGCGAGCAAGAAUUCGGAAAAGCCCGUAUAAUGCUCGAAGAAAAAAUAUCCGAGAAUUCCUACCUCACGAAAGCCCUUCUCGUGAAAGAAAAACUCAUCGACGAUCUCAAUCGCGCCAAGUGUCGGAAGGACGCCGAGUUCGAUGCCCUCAUGACUCGACUCGAUUCAACCGAGAAGGAAAACGCUUUCUUGAGGUACGAAUUUCGGGCCCUCGAGAGCGAGCUCGAAGCCCGGAAUGAGGAAAUAGAGUACGUUCGCCGUUCGGCCGAGGCACGUGUAAAGCAGAAUUCGGAAAAUAUCAAGAAAGUAAAGAAAUUGGAAGCCGAAUGCCAGAGGCUUCGCGUUUCGAGACGAGCGGGCCUCCCGGCAAGGCCCGAUAAUAAUUCCUUGUUGGGCCGAAUUCGGGAUUUGGAAGAUGAAAACAGGGCUCUCAAGGAAUGCUUGGCCCAAAAAGAGGAGGAGAUUUUGUAUCACUUUUAUGCCAAGAAUUUGAAUUUUUCAGACAGAGUUUCUCUAGCUAGCUCUCGAUCGUGGGCCGAUAAGUUUGCCGAAGGCCCGGAAAACAGGCCCGAAUGCAGAACGAUAGGAGCUUAUAAUAAUAAUUGUUCCGAGAUGAGCCUAAUGGACGAUUUUGUCGAGAUGGAGGAGAAAUUAGCAAUAGUCACGGUAAAUGACGAUUGGAUUCGAGAUGUUAAGAACAUAAUCAUGAAACAAAUCGAAAUUUCGAAACGAAAUAUUGAAGAAAUUCUCGAAGAAAUCCGAAAGGCUCUUGAAAGCGAGGCCCGGCUUGGAAAAAAACCCGAGUUAAGCCCGAUUAGCGGUUACAUUACUUGGAAAUCCCCUGCACCGUCCGAUGAGGAUGAUCAUGAUCCUCAUCAUCCAACGGUUGUAGAUCAGUUCCGGAAGCAUCUAGGUGGGCCCGGGCCGGGAACUGCCUUCGAGCUCGAUUCGGUUCAGAAUCUCAUGCGUGAGAUGGAGAAAAUGCGCUCGGUUUUCCAUAACGAGCUGAUUGAGUCGAAAAAUGAAAUCGAGGAUCUGAAAAUAGCGAAUUUGGAUUUGGAUACUCAGCUAACUGUAGCUCGAUCCGAAUUAGAAGACUUGUUAAGAAAGCUAUCUUCGGUUGAGGUUGAGCUCGAUGACAAAAGUCGGUUUUGUGAGGAAUUGGAAGGGACUUGUGUCGAUCUUCAGCUGCAGCUCGCGAGUGUUACGAACAUCCGGUGCUCGGAGGGAAAUGGGAAUCAAGAAGAAGACUUGCUCCAAACUGGAAUGGAGAUCACGAAAGCCUCUGUUAAGCUGGCAGAGUGUGAGCAAACCAUUAUGAAGCUCGGGCAGCAGAUAAAGGCAUUGGGCCCACAAAACGAAAACUCACUUCUCGACACAAAAAAGUCAACACUCAAACAACGGUCAACUCUGCGUGAUCAGAUGAUAUGCGAGGACAGCCUGGAAUCGGACGGUCAACAGUCCCCCAAGACGAAAGAAAUCAUCAUAAGCACAACGGCCAAUAGGAGCGCGCCACCUGUCAGGUGCCAUGGCAGUACUUUCUCUUUCCCGGACGGCCAGGUGGCGGCGAGUGGCUAUGAGGCUUUGGUGGUUGUCCCUGGCAAGAGGAAGAAGCUCGGGUUUCUGAAGAAGCUGCUGCUUAGAAGGAAAAAGCAAUAUUAUGACGGAAAGAAUAAGAAUAAUAACGUGCUCGUUUGGUGAAGUGAAGAAAAUGGGGUUUUUGAAUAAAAUGUUUUGCCGGUUUUCUUGAUGUGAAUAUGUUCCGGCUCGUGCGACUG